AUGAGCAAGAGCCAAAGGGACUAACAGAGUGUGAAAGUGAGGAGGGACACGGCUUAUUAAUGAAUAACACGCAUAUAUUUGUUUCCAAUUUCCUGCUUUAGCUAACGCUUAAAAGAAGGGACGAGGGACCGCUGAAACACAAGCAGGUGAAGGAGAGAGAGACAGACUGAUAACGACAGAUCUACAACUACUUUUCACACCUUCACCUAUUGGAUAUCAAUUGAAGAUUAUCCAGACUCAGAAUGACCCGCUCCCUGAGAGAGGUGCUGAAGGAGUACAUGUCAGAGCGGCGUAUUCGUAAAAGCCGCCUGGUGACCAAAGAUGGCCGCUGCAACAUUGAAUUCGGCACCGUGAUGCACAGACACCGCUACGCUUACUUCCUCGACAUAUGGACCACCUUCGUGGAGACUCGUUGGCGUUUCGUGGUCUUGCACUUCAUCGCUUCUUUUACUCUCAGCUGGUUCAUCUUCGGUUUGGUCUGGUACUGGAUCGCAAGAGACAACGGCGACCUCACAUGGCAGAAUGCCACCGAGGAGCACAUACCGUGCGUGCAGAACGUCAGAUGCAUGACGACUGCUUUUCUCUACUCGUUGGAGACACAAACAACCAUUGGUUACGGUAACAGAUACAUCACCAGCCUCUGUCCCGGGGCAGUGGCGCUGAUCAUAAUCCAGUGUCUUAUUGGUGCCAUUAUCAACUGCUUUUGGUGUGGUGUAGUCAUGACAAAAAUCGCCCUACCCAAGAAGAGAGCCAAGACCAUCACGUUCAGCGAGUCCGCAGUCAUCUGCCCCAAAAAGGGCACGCUGUGCCUUCAGAUACGCGUGGCCAACCUCCGCAAGACCCUGAUGAUCGGCAGUCAGAUUUACGGCAAGCUCCUCCGGACAACCGUCACGCCUGAAGGAGAAACUGUUAUUAUGGAUCAGGUCAGCAUUGAUUUCACAGUGGACUCUGGGAAAGACAAUCUGUUUUUCGUGUGCCCUUUGUCCCUGUACCACAUGAUCGAUAAAACAAGUCCGUUCUUCGAAAUGGCGGUGGACACUUUACAUCAGCAGGAGUUUGAACUCGUGGUCUUCCUGGAUGGCACGGCCGAGUCCACCAGUUCCACCUGCCAGGUCAGGACUUCCUAUGUUCCCCAGGAAAUCAUGUGGGGUUAUGAUUUCCUCCCCAUCAUCUCCCGUAGCAAGGAGGGAAAAUACCGCGUGGACUUUUCCAACUUCGCCAAAGUGGUGCCGGUGCCAACCGCUCAUUGUUCCUACUGCUACCACAAUGAGGCCGGGCACCAUCACCACUCCAGAAAUGGCAUUGAAAAUCAGGGCUUUGAGGUGAUUGACAUCGACGGACCAAACGGUACCAAAAUGUAAAUCGUGGUCACUGAUUGAUUGUGUCUAGUGUUUGGAAGAACACGGUGAUGUCACCAUCUUGACCUUUAUCAGAGGUCAUGGACAUUGACUCAGGUGCAUUAUGCUAACAGCAAAUAUAGAAAAUUACAAAAUGAUGCCAGCGACGGUGCAAGCAAAACGUGGAGUGGUGUUAUUGCUGGAAUGUGUGCAUGUAUUUUAUAAAACGUAUUUAUUUUGUAUUUAUUUAGGCAUGCAUGUGGCUGAGGUCCCCCUCUUUGAUCUUGUUCUGACCUUGACCUGAACCUUGAAAAAAAAACAAUAUUACUCUCCUUUGUCCUCAGAAAAUCAAGAUAAAGACUGAAGUGUGAAAGUUGUCUUUUGUUGCAGGGUCAUUGCGAUGGGAGUGGGAAUAUUAACUGAAGGUUCAUUAAUAUGAGAUUGAUUCUAUUAAUCUCUCUGUAUCUAUUCAUCUGAAUAUUUUAUAUGAACUGAUUUUAACACCAAUGAACUGGGAAAUACUCUGUAUUUUUUUGCAGAUGUUUUAUGUUCCGAAUCACUCAGGGAUGGUGUAAAUUUAUGAACAUGUUGUAAAUGAAUAUACUGUAUAUUGUUAUAU